GAGGAAGGUAACGGAACGGACAGGUGGUUGGAUUUCGCACGUUUCCACAGCAGCCUCAGUUAGCGGUUUAUUUAACUGAUGCCGUGAGAGUUGAUUCUCUCUGUCAUAAAUGCCUCCUCUGUCGCGGGCUUCGAUAUGCUCAAGGAUUACGGUUGUAUGUGGACAGUGGAGUCCACGCCAUGGAAAUUUUACUGAAUUCUUAGACUUUGGUGAUUUUUGUGUGAGUUAAGUUAUUUCAAGAGGGUCAUGUGAAGACAAGUCUGCAUUAGUAACCUGGCUACUGCUGCUUCGCACUAUUUGUUUAGAUUAUUUUUCUUGCAUUUUCUUCAAAAUGAUUUCUUAUUGCUUUUCAUCCAAAUUUCUCUGGUGGCUGCUACUAAUUUUAGCUAAUCUCUUUUCCGCAACCUUUGCCGAAGAACUUUUCAAAUGUCCGGAACAAUUUGGGUACUACAGAGACGCUAAGGAUUGUGCUAAAUAUUAUGUCUGCGUUUUCGGGGAUUCUCACCACGAGAAGUGCACGGGGGGAUUGCACUUCAGCUUGGAACUUCAAACUUGCGAUUGGCCCAGGAAUGUAAAUUGCUUAAAAACUGAAGAUCCUGCUCUAAUAAAACCUGAAUACGAUGUCGAAGAUGAAAUUUUCAGCUCUAGUCGCAGAACCUCAGCAACAGCUUCGAGCGACGGAGUGCAACAAAUAAAAAGUCCUGUAAAAGAAACAGUUUCCAAUUAUCAACCAUUUGAAGACAACAAUGGCGCUGAAUCAAAUGAUUAUUCAAAAACAAGCAUAGAAGUUUCAAACGAUUCAAAUCAAAAAUCCAGACCACAAAGUCAUUCUCCUCAGAGGAUACAGACGACAACUGAAGCCACCUCAACAACUCAGUAUCAAUUGAAUCGUCAAUCAACAUUUGGGGAUAAACCAACUUCAGAAAAAGAUUCUCUGCAAAGCACCUCUGAAGACCCAUUAUACGCUAGCGAUGAAGAUAGUAAAAUUCCUCUCGAUAAUUACGAUCCUCAAGAACCAAAAUUCGAUGAAGCUGCUCCUCCUCUGAUUGAUUCUGAAGGUGGGAUCCAUAUUGCAGAUGGUGGCCACGGUCUUGAUGCUUUUGGUGGACUGGCUCAUCUUCCUGGUCUUGGAGAUUUUAGAGUUUUUGAGAAACCAAUCUACAAUGCUAAUACUGGAAACCGGGAAAAAGAUCAAGAUUACCAGAGAAAUAAAGAGGUAACGCUAUCCACGCGGCCAAGAAGUCUUGAAAGCUAUCCCAACAGUAAUGGGCAAUCUAAAGAUCCAGAUGUAAUAAUAGACUAUUCUAACGGAAACGAUAAAAAUCUAAAUUAUGAUUAUCAAGAAAGGAAAAAAUCGAACACACCACCUCCAACUAUAUUUGAUGAUAAUGCUGACCAUCGAGACUUCGGCGGUUUUGAUAUUAUUACACCAAUUCGCAACAAAAAACAAAACUCUGAAUCUCUUAAUCUCAAUAGGGAUCCUCCUAAAUCUAAAGAUGCUUUGGACUUUGACUUAUUAAAUCCUGUUACAGUUCCUGAUCUACCACGAAUUUUGCAAAAAGGAAAUAGAGAUUUUUCGUCAGAAAGAAAAUCAGAAGUUAAUCCAAUCGACACAAAUUUGGCUGAUUUUGAAAAGUCUAAUUUUGACAGUGAUCGUAGUUUGAAAAAUGUAACACUUCCCGAAGUACAAUUUGAUGAUCAGCCUUCCAGUUUUGGUCGCGAUGUAUCUCUUGUUUCCCAGAGAAAUAGAUUUGGUCCAGAAAUUCCUAGCAAAGACUUUACUAUCAUUGAUUUAGGAAGAAAAGAUCAACUUGAGAACGAAAAAAGAGUUUUUAACUUGGAUGAUGCGUAUGUAAAUAAUGGUAAAGGUUCGGAUAUUGGUGUGCGAUAUCCUCCAAAUAAUCCAAAUGGAGAAAAAGACUAUGGGAACUUUGAUCUUUUCCCUGAAGUGAUUCAUGAACCAGUUAGAAAUAUUCGUCCUACAGCUACACAAACUAGUCGAAUACCUUCUGAAACUCCCAAAUUAAACGAGAAAAAUAAAGAUGAAUUGAAAGAUUUCUCUGAUGCCAAAGUUUUGUAUCCAGCAAAUAUUGAAGAAUUUGUAGAUUACCAGAGUAAAAAAUUCGAUUUGCCUACACAUCAAAUCAAUGCACAAAACGCAGAAGACCUUACAUUCCCGGAUCAACCGUCAGAUAAGAAUUUCGGUGCAUAUACUGGAAACGAAAGGCAAGGGAAAAAACUUGAUACAUUACCUGAGGAUGAUAAUACGCAGACUUUGAACAAUCAGAAAGACAUUUCAGUUAAUCAAAGAAAACCAAUAAUUUACCGCCAGACUGAUAAAGCAGUUGACGAAAUACGAACAAAGGAAAUUUUGUUUCCAGAAAAAAUAGAUGAUUCUUCAGCAAGCUAUGAUUACGAUACUUCCAAGCAUUAUUUCACUGACGAUUUUUUUACUCAGGAAACCACCCCAGAGCUUACCACUAAAGCUGCAAUUAGAACUCGUCCCACUAGGCCUCGCAAGUCUACUACAACUACUACUACAACCACUACUACAACAACUCCAGCACCAAUAAAAAUAAGAACCAGAGCACCAAUCAGCCAAGUGUCAAAGCCGACAAAGCCCCCUUACGUUGCAACAACCCCUGCCAGUCCACCAUCCAGGCCAAUAAACCAGUUUCCUACACCCGAGCCGUAUACUCAGGCUCAGAAAUGUGAUCCUAGAAAAUGCAGAUUGCCUGAUUGUCGUUGUGGAGGUUCAGACAUCCCUGAUGGUCUAAGGGUCAAUGAGAUCCCUCAACUUGUCCUCUUGACCUUCGAUGAUGCUGUAAAUGACCUCAACAAUGACCUUUAUGAUGAACUGUUCAAUACCGGCAGAGCUAACCCGAAUGGAUGCCCUAUAUUAGGCACGUUCUAUGUUUCACAUGAAUGGACUGAUUAUGGCCAGGUGCAAACACUAUAUUCCAACGGUCAUGAAAUUGCAUCUCAUUCUAUUACUCAUAGCUACGGUGAAAAGUUCUCAAAGAAUCAAUGGAUGAGAGAAAUUCAUGGACAAAGAGAAAUUCUGCACUUGUACGGAGGAGUCCAGAUGGAAGAUAUUCGCGGAAUGCGCGCACCCUUCCUCCAGAUUGGUGGCAACAAGAUGUUCGAAAUGUUGUACGAUGCAAAUUUCACUUACGACUCUUCCAUGCCAGUGUAUGAGAACAAUCCGCCUUUCUGGCCUUACACACUCGAUUAUGCCCAAAGUCAUGAAUGUAUGAUCUUCCCAUGUCCAACCAAAUCCUAUCCAGGACUAUGGGAAGUGGGCAUGGUCAUGUGGGUGGACCUCAGAGGUGGUCGCUGCUCUAUGGGUGACGCAUGCUCCAACCCACAGGAUGAAGAGGCAGUCACAAAAAUGUUGAUGAAGAACUUUAAUCGCCAUUACAAAUCAAACAGGGCACCUUUUGGUCUGUUCUAUCACUCAGCAUGGUUCAACACCCAACAUCACAGGCGAGGUUUCAUGAAGUUCUUGGACGAAGUUCUAAAGAAGGAUGAUGUCUGGUUUGUGACAAAUUGGCAGUUGAUCCAGUGGAUGCGAAAUCCGACUCCAAAUAAAGAAUUGAACAGUUUUGAACCGUUUAAUUGUCGGAGGCUCAACAGGCCUCCACCUUGUCCUACUCCAACUGUGUGCAAUGUGUGGUAUCAGGGUGGUGUCAGGUACAUGAAGACUUGCCAGCCUUGUCCCGUGAAAUAUCCAUGGGUGGGAAGCACAGGUUACGACAAUAACAGCCGAGGAUGAUGUCUUGAAAUGUUUUAGCAUGUUUUUAAAGUGAAGAUUUUAGCGAGAACAUCGAUAGGAAAUUGUGAUUUCAUUUGGUUAUUUAAUUCUUCUGUUGUUCCUUUCAUUCUUAGAGUCAUUUAAAAAUAAAAAAUAUUGCGAAUUGGACAAUUAUCUUGCCAUACUUUCAAAUGCAGUGCAAGCUUUAAACUGGACACCAAAAACUUUUCAUUGAAAAUGUGUUAAGAUACUAUUAGAUGCCAUAACUACCAUUUGUACAGCAAUUAAUUUAUGAAGUGUGUUUCGGUGGCACGAGAAAGCUUCCCGAGUUUAUUGAAAGUUGCCAAAUUGAUUAUCUGCUUUAUGAAAGCCAACUUCGGGGUACACCUCUUUCUUCUGCCAUGCCAAAUGAUUUGUGGUUUAUUGAUUCUGGUUCUCUUUUGUACAUUGAAAACUUUCUGUAAUGUGAUGAAAUCUUUCUUACUACUUGGGCUUCAUAAAAAGUAUUUUAUCUAUAAGCACCAAGCGUUUUUACGAAAAUGGGGCGGAAGGAUUUUUUUAUCAUAAAUUACUAAAACAAACUACGCCUUCAUAAAUGAACGAAAAUUUUAUCACAUGUGUGCUUUGUACUUAAAAAAUCAAAAUUGGUGCUGGAUUAAAACUACAUUCUACCCACACUUCAUUGUAACUGUAUUUUAUUUCAAAUGAAACCUGUUUCUAAAUUCUUCUGAUCGUUUUUAGAAAACAGGCUAUACUGCAAUUUUUAAAUUUCACAAAUUGUAAUUAAUACAUCCUAAUGAUAUUUGACAACCGCUUGGUGCUAAUGUCUUUUCAUGCAAGAACUGCAUCAAUUUUUGUUUUUAAAUAAAAAUUAUAAUGAAUAUUUUAAUAACAAUUAACUAUCUUUGCCAUACUUGGAUUGUCAAAUGCAAUCUCAGUUUUUAAAAAAUACUUUUAAGUCGUUACACAUUGACGUUAGAAAAGAAAAGUUAAUGAACAUUGGUUGAUGCAGUUUUUCCAAUUGAUCUUGGUUUUGGUGGGUUACUCGUUAUUUUUGUCCUGGGCUUUCUCUUAAAUGUGUUUCAAUGUGUAAACUUGUGAAUAAAUUAAAAUUACUUUGUAA